UUUUAGGGUUUCGUUUUUGUGAGGAGAAAAAAUGGCGGAUGAGAGUUGUGAGAGGCUGACGGGAAUCGUUAAGUGGUUUAGUGACCAGAAAGGUUUUGGGUUCAUCACUCCCUCAGAUGGCUCUGAAGAUCUGUUUGUUCAUCAGUCAGGCAUCAGAUCUGAAGGGUUCCGUAGCCUAGCUGAAGGUGAGGAGGUUGAGUAUCAGAUUGAGUCUGGUUCAGAUGGUAGGGCUAAAGCUUGUGACGUUACUGGACCUGAUGGAGCGCCUGUUAAAGGAGGCUCUCGUAGCGGUGGAGGUGGAGGAGGAGGUCGGGAUGGAGGUGGCUACGGUGGAGGCCGAGGAGGCAGCCGUGGUUAUGGAGGUGGUGACAGUGGCUACGGAGGUGGUAGCCGAGGUUAUGGAGGAGGCGGUGGUGGCUACGGAGGCGGUGGAGGUGGUUACGGAGGCGGUGGUGGAGGUAGUGGCGGCGGCUGCUUCAAGUGUGGAGAGUCUGGACAUUUCGCUAGAGAGUGUCCACAGGAUGGUGGCAGUGGCGGAGGCGGUGGAGGUAGGUAUUCUGGUGGUGGAGGCGGAGGAGGUAGGUACUCCGGCAGUGGUGGAGGUGGUGGCGGCGGUGGCUGCUACAAGUGUGGUGAAGAAGGUCAUUUCGCCCGUGAGUGCACAAGCGGCGGUCAUUGAUCGUGAUCUCUGUGUUUUUGUUUUUUGCUAUUUUCAAGUUGUUAUGUUUCCGGUACUUAUUGUUACUGUUAGCCUGGUUGAUCUCUAGUGUUGCUUGUUUUAUCUUAUUUUGUACUGGUUGGUAGUUGUUAGUAGUCAUGCUUUUUGUAUUGGGGAGUUGUAGUUUUGUUGGUGCGUCAAUGCAUACUCUCUGUACAUGUCGACAUACAUGUUUUGGAAAGCAAUAUCAAUUAUUGUGCUACUAAACUCUUUAUCCCUUUAA